AUGCUGAUGAAUAAAAAGCAGUUCAAACAAACUUUAAAAAACACUUAAAGAAAUUAUUGUGAGAGAUGGAAGUGGUGCAAGUGCUUCACAUGAAUGGUGGAAAUGGAGAAACUAGUUAUGCUCAAAAUUCGGUGUUUCAGCAAAAAGUGAUAUCAAGGUCAAAGCUAAUAAUAAAGGAAGCCAUGACCAAUCUCUAUAACCGUAAAUUCCAUGAAAAAUUAGUCAUUGCCGAUUUCGGAUGCUCUUCAGGGCCAAACACUCUAUUUGCUGUAUCUGAAAUAAUUAAAAUAGUAGAGAACAUCUGCAAAAAAAUGGAGCAUGAAUCACCAGAGUAUCAUGUCUUUUUAAACGAUCUAUCAAGCAAUGACUUCAAUUUUAUUUUCAAGUCGUUGCUGCCAGCUUUCGAGAUUGAAAUGAAAAAACAUGUUAAAGGGCCGUGUUUCGUUUCUGGAACCCCUGGUUCUUUCUACGGCAGGCUUUUUCCAAGCAACACUCUUCAUUUUGCUUAUUCCUCUAGUGGCAUCCACUGGCUAUCUCAGGUUCCAAAAGCACCGGAGAGCAACAAAGGAAAUAUUUAUAUGUCCAGUUCAAGUCCACCAAGCGUGCUUAAAGCAUAUUGUGCCCAAUUUGGAAAGGAUUUUUCUACAUUUUUAAAGUGUCGCUCUGAUGAAAUAGUGGGAGGAGGGCGGAUGGUACUAACCUUCAUGGGAAGGAGAACCAAAGAUCCAACUAGCAAGGAGUGCUGUUAUUUUUGGGAGCUUUUAGCUAUGGCUCUCAAUCAAUUAGUUCAAAAGGGCAUGAUAGACGAGGAGAAGUUUGACUCCUUCAACAUUCCUAUAUAUACACCAUCUCCAUUGGAAGUGAAAUAUGAAAUUGAAAAGGAAGGGUCGUUCUCUGUUGAUACACUGGAAAUUUACGAACAAAAUUGGAAUGAGUGCCACAUAGACUCUGGAGUUGUUAAGAAUGAAGGAUAUGGAGUUGCAAAGCUUAUAAGAGCUGCGAUGGAGCCAUUGAUUAUCAAUCACUUCGGGUUUGCGAAUGAUAUUAUUGAUGAGAUUUUUGAUAGAUAUUCGAAAAUUCUGAAUUAUUGCAUGGCAAGGGAGAAAAUUGAGUGUGUCUAUUUUAUAUUGUCCAUUACUAAGAAAGAUGAGUAACAAUUAUGCUUGAGUGACCAGUAAUUAGCUUAGUGAUAUGAAUUAUGAGUGAUUUUAGCUAUGUGGUAUGAAUUGUGAAUGUUAUUUGUGAAUUAAGAAGACUUUGUUUAACAA